AUGGAGCCAGCAUCUACAUCGACUACAGAAACAUCUACAUCUGAAACAACAACAUCUACAACUGAUGCACCAACUACUGAAUUAACAUCUGAAUCUGCAACACCACCAUCUACACCUCAAUCAACAACACCUGCUCAAACAUUAACAUCUGACUCAAUAACAACCACUGAACCAACAUCUACAUCAACUACAGAAACAUCUACAGUUCCAUCAACAACAGCAACAACCUUUGCACCAACAUCUAUAUCAGCUACAAAAGCAUCUACAUCUCACUCACCAACCACUGAAUCAAAAUCUGAAUCAACAACACUAAAAUCUACACCUCAAUCAACAACACCUGCCCACACAUCUACAUCUGAUUCAACAAUAACCACGGAACCAGCAUUUACAUUGAGUACAGAAACAUCUACAUCUGAAGCACCAACCACUGAAUCAACAUCUGAAUCAACAAAACUAACAUUUACACCUCAAUCAACAACACCUGCUCAAACAUCAACAUCUGACUCAAUAACAACCACUGAACCAACAUCUACAUCAACUACAGAAACAUCUACAGUUCCAUCAACAACAACAACAACUUUUGCACCAACAUCGACCUCAGCUACAACAACAUCUACAUCUCACUCACCGACCACUGAAUCAACAUCUGAACCAACAACACCGCCAUCUACACCUCAAUCAACAACACCUGCUCAAACAUCAACAGCUGAAUCAACAACAACCAUGGAGCCAGCAUCUACAUUGACUACAGAAACAUCUGAAACAACAACAUCUACAACUGACGCACCAACCACUGAAUCAACAUCUGAACCAACAACACCACCAUCUACACUUCAGUCAACAACACCUGCUGAAAUAUCAACAUCUGACUCAAUAACAACCACUGAAUCAACAACUACAUCCACUACAGAAACAUCUACAGUUCCAGCAACAACCUUUGCACCAACAUUUACAUCAGCUACAACAUCUACAUCUCACUCACCAACCACUGAAUCAACAUCUGAAUCAAUAACUCUAACAUCUUUACCUCAAUCCACAACACUUGCUCAAACAUCUACAUCUGAAUCAAGAACAACCACUGAACCAACAUAUACAUCAACUACAGAAACAUCUACAGUUCCAUCAACAACAGUAACAACCUUUGCACCAACAUCUACAUCAGUUACAACAGCAUCAACAUCUCACUCACCAACCACUGAAUCAACAUCUGAAUCUAAAACACCUAUAUCUAAAUCUGAAACAACAUCUACAUCUCACUCACCAACCACUGAGUCAACAUCUACAUCGGCUACAGAAACAUCUACAUCAGCAACAACAGCAUCUACAGCUGACUCACCCACCAUUGAAUCAACAUCUGAAUCAACAACACCACCAUCUACACCUCAAUUAACAACACCUUUUCCAAAUUCAACAUCUGAAUCAACUACAACAACUGAACCAACAUAUACAUCAACUACAGAAACAUCUACAAUUCCAUCAACAACCGCAACAACCUUUGCACCAACAUCUACAUUUCACUUACCAACCACUGGAUCAACAUCUACGUUGACUACAGAAACAUCUAUAUCAGCUACAACAGCAUCUACAUCUCACUCACCAACCACUGAAUCAACAUCUGAAUCAAAAACACCAGAAUCUACACCUCAAUCAACAACACCUGCUCAAACAUCAACAUCUAAAUCAACAACAACUAUGGAACCAGCAUCUACAUCAACUACAGAAACAUCUACAUCUAAAACAACAACGUCUACAUCUGACGUGCCAACCACUGAAUCAACAUCUGAAUCAACAACACGACUAUCUACAAGUCAAUCAACAACACCUGCUCAAACAUCAACAUCUGACUCACCUACAGAAACAUCUACAGUUCGAUCAACAACAACAACAACCUUUGCACCAACAUCCACGUCAGGUACAACAACAUCUACAUCUCACUCACCAACCACUGAAUCAACAUCUGAACCAACAACACCGCCAUCUACACCUCAAUCAACAACACCUGCUCAAACAUCAACAUCUGAAUCAACAACAACCAUGGAGACCAUCUUCAGUUGCAUCAAGAACAGCAACAACCCCUGCAACAACAUCUACAUCAACGACAGGAACAUCUACAGUUCAGUCAACAACAGCAAAAACCCCUGCACCAACAUCUACAUCAACGACAGGAACAUCUACAGUUCAAUCAACAUCAGCAACAAUCUUUGCAACAACACCUACAUCAGCUACAACAACAUCUCUACAACAACAUCUGCAUCUCACUUAGCCACCACUGAAUCAACAUCUACAUCAACUAUAGGAACAUCUUCAGUUCCAUCAACAACAGCAACAACUCCUGCAUUAACAUCCACAUCAACUACAGGGACAUCUACAGUUACAUCAACAUCAGCAACUGUCCCUGCACUAACAUCUAAAUCAAUUACAGGAAUAUCUACAUUUCCAUCAACAACAGCAACACCCUUUGCACCAACCCCUACAUCAGCUACAACAACAUCUGCAUCUCACUCACCCACCACUGAAUCAACAUCUUCAUCAACUACAGGAACAUCUACAGUUCCAUCAACAACAGCAACAACCCUUGAUUCAAAAUUUAAAUCGGCUACAGGAACAUCUACAAUUCCAUCAACAACAGCAACAGCAACGACCCAAGCAGCAACAUCAAAAUCAACUACAGGAACAUCUUCAGUUCCAUCAACAACAACAACGACCCUUGCACUAACAUCUAAAUCAACUACAGGAACAUUUACAGUUCCAUCAACAACAGCAACGACCCCUACACCAACAUCUACAUCGGCUACAACAACAACAACUGCACCAACAACAACCACUCCAUCAACAACAACUGCACCAAAAUCUACCACUCCAUCAACAACAUCUGCCCCAGCCAUUGGGGCAUCAACAACAACUGCACCAAAAUCUACCACUCCAUCAACAACAACUGCACCAACAACAACCACUCUAUCAACAACAACUGCACCACCCAUUACAUUAACAGCACCAACAUCAACCACUCCAUCAACAACAACUGCACAAACAUCCACCACUCCAUCAACAACAACUGCACCAGCCAUUACAUCAACAGCAACAAUAUCUACCACUCCAUCAACAACAACUGCACCAACAUCUACCACUCCAUCAACAACAACUGCACCAACAUCUACCACUCCAUCAACAACAACUGCACCAACAUCUACCACUCCAUCAACAAAUACUGCACCAACAUCAACCACUCCAUCAACAACAACUGCACCAGCCACAACAUCAAUGGCAUCAACACCUACCACUCUAUCAACAAUUGCACCAUCAUCUACCACUCCAUCAACAACAAAUGCACCAACCAUUACAUCGACAGCACCAACAUCUGCCACACCAUCAACAACAACUGCACCAGCCACAACAUCAAUGGCAUCAACACCUACGACUCUAUCAACAAUUGCACCAUCAUCUACCACUCCAUCAACAACAACUGCACCAACAACAACCACUCAAUCAACAACUGCACCAGCCAUUACAUCGACAGCACCAACAUCUACCACUCCAUCAACAACUGCACCAUCAUCAACAACUCCAUCAACAACAACUUCACCACCAACAACCACUCCAUCAACAACAACUGCACCAGCUAUUACAUCGACAGCACCAACAUCUACCACUCUAUCAACAACAACUGCACCAACAUCAAUCACUCUAUCAACAACAACUGCACAAACAUCAACCAGUCUAUCAACAACAACUGCACCAACAUCUACCACUCUAUCAACAACAACUGCACCAACAUCCACCACUCUAUCAACAACAACUGCACUGACAUCCAGCACUCUACCAACUUCUGCACCAACAUACACCACUCUAUCAACAACAACUGUACCAACAUCCAACACUCUAUCAACAACAACUGCACCAACAUCCACCACUCUAUCAACAACAACUGCACCAACAUCCACCACUCUACCAACAGCUUCUGCACCAACAUCCACCACUCUAUCAACAACAACUGCACCAACAUCCACCACUCUAUCAACAACAACUGCACCAACAUCCACCACUCUACCAACAACUUCUGCACCAACAUCCACCACUCUAUCAACAACAACUGCACCAACAUCCACCACUCUAUCAACAACUGCACCAACAUCCACCACUCUAUCAACAACAACUGCACCAAUAUCCACCACUCUAUCAACAACUGCACCAACAUCCAACACUCUAUCAACAACAACUGCACCAACAUCCACCACUCUAUCAACAACAACUGCACCAACAUCCACCACUCUAUCAACAACAACUGCACCAACAUCUAGCACUCUACCAACAACUUCUGCACCAACAUCAACUGCACCGACAACAACUGCACCAACAACAGUACCAACAUCUAUCACUCUAUCAACAACAACUGCACCAACAUCCACCACUCUAUCAACAACAACUGCACCAACAUCCACCACUCUAUCAACAACUGCACCAACAUCUAGCACUCUACCAACAACAACUGUACCAACAUCUAUCACUCUAUCAACAACAACUGCACCAACAUCCACCACUCUAUCAACAAAUGCACCAACAUCUAGCACUCUACCAACAACAACUGUACCAACAUCUAUCACUCUAUCAACAUCAACUGCACCAACAUCUACCUCUCCAUCAACAACAACUGCACCAACAACAACCAUUUCAUCAACAACAACUGCACCAGCCAUCGGGGCAUCAACAGCAACUACAUCAAAAUCUAUCACUCCAUCAACAACAACUGCACCAACAACAACCACUCCAUCAACAACAACUGCACCAAAAUCUACCACUCCAUCAACAACAUCUGCCCCAGCCAUUGGGGCAUCAACAACAACUGCACCAAAAUCUACCACUCCAUCAACAACAACUGCACCAGCCAUUACAUCAACAGCAACAAUAUCUACCACUCCAUCAACAACAACUGCACCAACAUCUACCACUCCAUCAACAACAACUGCACCAACAUCUACCACUCCAUCAACAACAACUGCACCAACAUCUACCACUCCAUCAACAAAUACUGCACCAACAUCAACCACUCCAUCAAAAACAACUGCACCAGCCACAACAUCAAUGGCAUCAACACCUACCACUCUAUCAACAAUUGCACCAUCAUCUACCACUCCAUCAACAACAACUGCACCAACAACAACCACUCAAUCAACAACUGCACCAGCCAUUACAUCGACAGCGCCAACAUCUACCACUCCAUCAACAACUGCACCAUCAUCAACAACUCCAUCAACAACAACUUCACCACCAACAACCACUCCAUCAACAACAACUGCACCAGCUAUUACAUCGACAGCACCAACAUCUACCACUCUAUCAACAACAACAGCACCAACAUCCACCACUCUAACAACAACUUCUGCACCUACAUCCACCACUCUAUCAACAACAACUGCACCAACAUCCAGCACUCUACCAACAACUUCUGCACAAACAUCCACCACUCUACCAACAACAACUGCACCAACAUCCACCACUCUAUCAACAACAACUGCACCAACAUACACCACUCUAUCAACAACCACUGCACCAACAUCCACCACUUUAUCAACAACAACUGCACUGACAUCCAGCACUCUACCAACUUCUGCACCAACAUCCACCACUCUAUCAACAACAACUGUACCAACAUCCAACACUCUAUCAACAACAACUGCACCAACAUCCACCACUCUAUCAACAACAACUGCACCAACAUCCACCACUCUACCAACAGCUUCUGCACCAACAUCCACCACUCUAUCAACAACAACUGCACCAACAUCUAGCACUCUACCAACAACUUCUGCACCAACAUCCACCACUCUAUCAACAACAACUGCACCAACAUCCACCACUCUAUCAACAACCAUUGCACCA